UUAUCGAGAUAAUCCAUGAUUAUGAAAUCGACCGUGUCGUUACGGUUUUGUUGUCGAAGCGCUGAUUAACUCAGUGAAUGGUAAUUUAGAAUCACACAUAUUGGGUCUGAGUGUGCACUGUUUUUCUUUUCAUACAUCUAGUAGCUUCCAGAAUUGUGUUGUGAAUCGCCCGAGAAGACGGGCGGAGAGUGUUUUUGAGCAUGGCAGAUUCGUCGAGGGACGAUAUUGAUUACGACACUAGAUCAGAGGCAUCCUCCAGCUCGUCAAGAUCUCGAAAUAUUUCUUCACACUCCGAAAUCGAUGAAAGAUUGGCUCACGAUUCCGUCAACGUUGAACCGGGUACCUGCCGUGACAGGCACUCGCCUGUUGUGAGGAGUAAUCAGGCCCAAGGUCGACAAACACAUAUAAGGAAGCGAGAACAUUCACCAGUCAAAUUUGACGUGAAAGAUGACUCUCCUAAGACGACUGGGCCGUCAGUGAAAAAACUCAAACGUCCGGAGUGCUAUAAUUACAUCACAAAAUUGAACUAUCUGUUUCGUGAUGCAAGAUUUUUUGUGAUGAAAAGCAACAAUGAGGAAAAUAUCGCGUUGAGUAAAUCAAAAGCCGUUUGGUCAACUCCACCUCAGAAUGAGGCCAAAUUAAAUCGUGCUUUCACGGAGUGCAGAAAUGUAUUGCUAUUAUUUUCUGUGAAAGAAAGCGGAAAAUUUGCAGGAUUUGCUCGACUUGGAAGUCACAGCAGGAGAGAUGUAUCUCCCGUGAAUUGGAUUUUGCCGCCAGGAAUUUCCGCACGAGCCUUGGGUGGUAUUUUCCAGAUUGAUUGGAUCACGAAGAAAGAGCUGCCUUUCUCAAAAGUUUCUCAUCUGUAUAAUCCCUGGAAUGACGGGAAACCAGUUAAAAUCGGCAGAGAUGGACAGGAGAUUGAACCAAAAGUUGCUGAAGAGCUUUGUCGCAUUUUUCCUGAAGAUGAGAGCACAGAAUUGACGCCGAUUCUGUAUAAAAGUAAACGGGCAUCCAAGAGAGUCUCAAGGGAUCCUCAGAUGCGUACACCAGCUGGCACCUCAUCAUCUCCUGGUACAAAGUCGCGCCAUAAUGAUAGUUCUAUUGGACCAAGAGAAUUAUCCGCAAGAUUAUCUUCCGCGUCGAAGAAGAUCGCCCAAAAUCAUCAGUCACCUGUCCGGGGGGAGAAGUUACCGCGUCCAAUGAAGGAGAAAAAGGAGAGACAGGAACGAAACGAGAUGCCACCGCCGUCCCGAUUAUGUGGCGCCGAGUACAUAUGA